CGCUACUGUGAGUUUCCGAACUUCACGAACUGCGAAAAGAACGACCACCAAAUUACUCAAAAACCCUAAUAUCUGGCUAGGGUUUUUUCCCCCUUUUACGAUUUGGAAUUCGUCCUCCGAUGGAGACCGAGGAGGAAUCGAAUUCAAUUCCACCCAACCCCGCUCCUUCCGAAGUAGAAAACAAUUCGACUACGUCUGCGACGGCAACAUCGACGGCCACGCCUGCGGAGUGCGAGCCGCAGAUUAGCACCGUCGAUGAGCCUGAGUGCCGAACGGAGAUGGAGCGGCUGUCGUCGGAAUCUCAUGAAUCGCCUCCCGGCGGCGUUGGCGAUAGUGAGGCACAGCCGCCGGUGAGUAACCAUGAGGCGGAAGAAGCGACGGUUGUGGAAGAAUUGGAAGAAGGAGUAGUGACUGUUGCUGAGCGGAGCGAAGAUGAGCUUGCUGGAGUGCCAGGUGGUGAGGAGGAGUCACGGUCAGUUGAGGCGGAGCCGCUGCCGGAAGUGACGGUUGAUGAACGCGAAGAUCAGGGUGACGUUGUGGUUGUUGAAAGCGGGAUUUCUGGAGUGGAGAAAGGUUCAGAGGAGGAGGCUGAGGUGAAGGAAGAGGACAAUCCUGAUUCGAUUGGUGGAGAGGAGGAGAGCGGGAGAUUGGCCGACAAUGGUGAUUCACCGCGGGAAAAUGAUGUGCAAGUCGCUGUGAAGGAGGAAACAGAGAGUGGGGUCUCAGAGACUCAGGAAGUGGAGGAAUUUGUGAUGAUCGAGAAAGUAGAGAAGGCAGAGAAUGAAAAUAAUACGGAGGAAGAGCAGAAGGAUUUGGUUGAGGAGAUGGUAGACAAGAAGGAAACUGAAAAUAUGCAGAAGGAAGAGGUUGCUGGACCGCCUGGUGACGAAAUUGAAAACAUGCAGAAGGAAGAGGUUGCUGGACCGCCUGGUGACGAAAUUGAAAACAUGCAGAAGGAAGAGGCUGCUGAACCGCCGCAGGAUGAAAUUGAGAACUUGCCGAAGGAAGAGGGUGGUGGACAGCCAGAGGCAGCUUUGAAUAGAGUUAGUGUAGAUGACGUAAUGAAAGAGAUGACGGGUGAUGGAGGACAAGACACGGCUAGUGUUGGUAGGAGUACCGAGGAAGUAGACGAGAUGGAGGUGGAUGAUGCUCUUGAGGAGAAAGAUAAGGAAGGGGAGGAAAGGGAAGAACUUGAUUCGAAAGAAGAAGCAGGCAAGACGAUUGCCGAAGUGGAAAAAGAGGCGGAGAAAGUUGAUGUGGCGAUAGAUGGGGAUAACAAGUUGAAUGAGGGGCUUAAAGGGGAUGAUCUGAAUUUGAGUGAAGUAGCAGAAGAGGAUCAGAAGUUGAGUGAAGAAGUGGUUGCGGGAGGAGAAAAGCACGAGGAGAUGAAUGAACUGGAUGAACAGGCUGAGAAGGUGAAUUUAGCAGCAGAAGAAGAGAGCGUGACUCGACCCAAAGAAGAAGAAGUAGUAGAUAAUGACGAGGAAAUGACUGAAGUGGGAGAAGAGGAUGAGAAGGUUAAUGAAGCAGAUAAAGAAGAAGAAUAUGAGAAGGUGAAUGAAGCAGAAGAAGAAAAAGAAGACGAGAAGGUGAAUGAACAGGAUGAACAGGAGAAUGUGACUCAACCCAAAGAAGAAGUAGAAGAUAACGAUGAGGACAUGGCUGAAGUGGGAGAAGAGGAUGACGAGGUAAAUGAAUCGGAUAAAGAAGAAGAAGAAGAUGAGAAGGUGAAUGAAGCAGAAUAUGAGAAGGUGAAUGAAGUAGAUGACGAUGAUGAUGAUGAUGAAGAAGAAGAAGAUGAGACGGCAAAUGAAGCAGAUGAAGAAGAUGUAGAAGAGGAGGAAAAUGAGAAGGUGAAUGAAGCAGAGGAAGAGGAGGAAGAAGACGAUAAUGAUGAUGAUGAGAAAAUGAAUGAAGUGGAGGAGGCAGUAGAGGAGGGAGAGGGAAAGGAGGUAGCAGAAGUAAAUGUCGAGGAAGUGAGCAAAACUGGAAGUGGGAAGAGGAAACGAGGAAAUAAUGUCAAAGCUGUUGGUAAAGCACCAUCAAGGAAGAAGGUGGAGGAGGAUGUAUGUUUCAUUUGUUUCGAUGGUGGAGAGCUUGUCCUAUGUGAUCGCAGGGGGUGCCCUAAGGCGUAUCAUCCCUCCUGCGUCAACCGGGAUGAGGCAUUUUUCAAAACAAAAGGAAAAUGGAAUUGUGAACUGCUAUGUGACACUGCAAGACUGAUUAAUGGAGCUGGAGUGACAGAAGACGAUGUCUUUGAGCAACUUUUAGCAUACAGCUUGUGCUGUCACUUCUCACCUAGGGAUGGGACUGGACUGCCAGGUUGGCAUAUAUGCAGCAACUGUGAGAAGAAUGCAUACUACAUGUGUUAUACAUGUACAUUCUCAUUGUGCAAGGGAUGUAUCAAAGAUGGUGUCAUUUUCUGUGUUAGAGGCAACAAAGGAUUCUGUGAGACAUGUUUUAAAACUGUCAAAAUGAUUGAGAUGAAUGAAGAUGGAGACAAAGAAACGACUCGAGUGGAUUUUGACGACAAAAGCAGCUGGGAGUAUCUCUUCAAAGAUUACUGGAUGGAUCUGAAGGAAAGGUUAUCCAUCACAUCAGAUGAACUUACCACAGCCAAACAUCCAAGGAAAGGAUCUGAUUCGGUUGCUGCAAAGCAGGAGUCAGGGGAUGAGUUGUAUGAUGCUCAGAAUGAUGUAGGAUCUGCUUCAGACAGUUCUGCUGGGAAUGGUGAAUUAAAGACCCCUAAGGGGAGAAAAGGCAAAAAACGGCUGAAAUCUCGUGCCAAGCAAAAGGACACACCCAGUAAGAAGAAGACAGUAAAUGGGGUUGGUGUUGAGUGGGCAUCAAAAGAGCUUUUAGAAUUCGUUAUCCACAUGAAGAAUGGCGAUAGAUCUGUUUGUUCUCAGUUUGAUGUACAAGCUCUGUUGUUGGAGUACAUAAAAAGGAAUAAACUUCGUGAUCCUCGUCGAAAAAGUCAAAUACUUUGUGAUUCAAGGCUUCAACAUCUGUUUGGUAAACCUCGAGUGGGCCAUUUUGAGAUGCUAAAGCUUCUUGAAUCUCACUUUCUAUUGAAAGAGGACUCUCAGAGGGAUGAUGUUCAAGGAAGUGUGGACAUUGAAGCCAAUCAGGUGGAAGGUGAUGGGGAUGCUCUUGUUAAAGCUGGAAAAGAUAAAAAGAGAAAGUCACGUAAGAAGGCUGAUGGGAGAGGACUGCAAUCUAACGUUGAUGAUUUUGGUGCCAUCGACAUACACAACAUUACUUUAAUUUACUUGAAGCGGAGUUUGGUUGAGGAACUUCUUGAUGACACUGAAACAUUUAAUGAGAAAGUUGUUGGUUCUUUUGUGAGAUUAAGAAUAUCUGGAAAUUCUCAGAAGCAAGAUUUGUAUAGGCUUGUCCAAGUUAUAGGAACCAAGAAAGCUGAUAAUCCAUAUAGAGUUGGGAAAAGAACAGCUAAUUUGCUGCUGGAAAUAUUGAAUCUAAACAAGACCGAGGUCAUCUCAAUUGAUGCCAUUUCAAAUCAAGAAUUCACAGAGGAUGAAUGCAAGCGUUUGCGACAAAGCAUAAAAUGUGGCCUUCUUGAUCGAUUGACAGUGGGUGACAUCCAGGAAAAAGCCAUUGCAUUGCAGGCAGUUCGAGUUCAAGAUAUACUGGAUUCAGAGAUAACCCGUCUAAGUCAUCUUCGAGAUCGAGCUAGUGACAUGGGGAGGAGAAAGGAAUAUCCUUUUUUCCAAGAAUGUGUAGAAAAGUUGCAGCUUCUGAAGUCUCCUGACGAGCGCCAGCGAAGGUUGGAAGAAAUUCCUGAAAUUCAUGUUGAUCCAAAGAUGGAUCCAAGUUAUGAAUCUGAAGAAGAAGAUGAUGAGGAUGAUAAGAGACAAGUCGGUAACUAUAGACCCAGAGGCAGUAGUGGUUUCAGUAGAAGGUCAAGAGAGCCAAUUUCACCGAGGAAAGGAGCAACCAACCCAAAUGAAUCCUGGGGUGGAACUCGGAGUUUCUCGAGUAUGAACCGAGAGUUGACCAGGAACUCGUCUAGUAAAGGGUUCUCUUACAGAGGGGAUAGCACAACUGGAACUAGUGAUAAAUUGAAUGACAACUCGUGGAGUCUAGGAAGAGACCGGGAAAUCCAGGCACCCCAAAGCUGGGAGAGCCCAAAACGUGCUUCAAAUGUAGAACAACGUAGUAGUGUAACUGCAGAUUUGGCUCCUAGGGUUGCAGCUCAAGAGAGUUCUCCAGCAGCUCCUCCCGCAACAGGUUUGGCACAACAAUCCGAUUCUGCCAAAGCAAACGAGACACAGAAGAUAUGGCAUUACAAAGACCCUGCUGGGAAAAUUCAGGGGCCCUUUUCCAUGGUACAGCUUCGAAAAUGGAACAGCACUGGAUACUUCCCUUCUGACUUGAGAAUAUGGAGAGCCACUGAGAAAGAAGAGGACUCCAUACUUCUCACUGAUGCAUUGGAUGGAAAUUUCCAAGCUCCCUUGGUUCAGAGUAGCUCGCGGUUUUCUGCUGCUCCGGCAAGAGAUAAUAAUAACAAUGGUAAUAGCUCUUCUUCUGGACGAUCUGUUCCCACUGCAGUUGAGAUCCCCAAUUAUCCUGCUGACAGGUGGAACUCCGAGACAAGUCUCCCUUCUCCAACUCCAGCCUCAGCUGGGUCACGCGGAGGAACAAGACAAGCUAGGGAAAGCAGGUGGUCUCCAACUCCUGCUCCAGCUGCUGCUGCUGCUGCUUCUCAAUUGAAUACUGUGACUAAUCUUUCUCAUGUUGCAAGCCCAGUCGCCAGGCAAGCUGCUGCAAUUGCUCAACAGAUGCAUUCUCUGGUGCAAGUUGAAUCUCCUCGUGUUGUACAGGCGAACUCCAAUCACUUGCAUCGAGUCCCGAUUUCCAGUGGUACUGCACCUGUUGUUCCUGCAGCUAUGGAUACAGCAGCGCUCCAGAGUUUGGUUCAGACUAUCAGUAAUAAUCCCUUCCUGGGCGGGGCACAAGGAAAUGCUUCAAACAUGAGAAGUGGAACUGGAUCUCAAGGAUGGGGUGGAAGUGGUUCAAUGCAGCCGAAUAAUACUUCAAUGCCUGUUGCUCCUCCACUCAGUAACAAUGCUUAUGCGAACUGGGCGAAUCCACAAACGGUGCAGCAACCCUCUGCGCAAUUAGGUGCGCAAGUGCAAUGGGGAGGAAUGGGCGUCCCAGUUGCAGAUAACCCGGGAAACCAAACCAUGGGGUGGGGUGGAAACCUGCCUCCUGCAAAUACAAAUCAGGGCUGGGGGAUUGCUCAUGUUCCAACAAAUCAAGGAAUGAUUCCUGGGAAUGCAAAUCCUAACUGGAUGCAAGGGCAGCAGGUGGUUGCUGGGAACACAAACGCCGGGUGGUCUCCCGCCGUUCAAGGGUGGGCACCUGCAACACCUGGACAAGGCGCUGCAGCAGCGCAGACGAUGCAUACCAACCAGAACUCGGGAUGGGUUGGACCCGGAAAUGCUAACAACAACAACAACAACCACCCCAGCUGGGACAGAGGGUCUCAGGGAGGGGGUUCUGGCUACGGAGGUGGUCGCGGAGGAGGUGAUGGUGGGGAUAUGCAAUGGAAUAGUCAAUCGUCCUCGUCGAGGGGCCCUGCCCCGGCAUAUAACAGGGCGCAGAAAGUAUGCAGGUUUUUCCGCGAGAAUGGGCAUUGCAGAAAAGGUGCAUCCUGUGAUUAUUUGCAUACAUGAAUAAGAAUUUGGGGUGAGGUAGGGUUCGGGGGAGUGAGCUUGUAGGAAUUUUGAGCACAGCCUGAUAUGUGAUUUGUACAGAGCUUUCCAAUUUUAGCUUGUGUUAACAUAAAGAAGUACAGGUAGUUAACUUCAUUGAAGUUUCAAUACCGUUUUGUAAUCUUUUCCCUUAUCUUCUCUCUCACUCUGUUUCUUGUUUGAACUAAUAGUUAGACUUAGAUGGCAUGCCUUGCAUCGCGAAAAUAAGUGUACGUCGUUUUGAGCCAUUGUUCGGGGUGAUUUACGG